GUGCGGGGCUCCGCGCUCCUCGGGGCCGAGAAGGGAGCGACUCCCCCGCGUGAAAACUGGGGAGGGUCGCGUCGUGCCAACCCUGCCGCUAAUGCUGGUUUUCCGCCCCUGCGCACAGGAGUCCGCGCGGUCGUAAUUCACCUCCCACUGUUUUCAGCGGGAACGAGGCUAAUCCCAUUUGGUGAUUUACCAGCCCGGGGAAGCAGGCGAGGCGGGCGGCAGAGCUCGGUCCCCGCCCCGCUCGGCAGUGGCUCCGCGGCCGCACGAUGUCCGUAACGGAUCAGGCCUUUGUGACUCUUGCUACUGAUGAUGUGUAUUGCCAAGGAGCUCUGGUUCUUGGACAGUCAUUGAGGAACCAUACAACAUCUAGAAAACUAGCAGUACUGAUCACACCAGAGGUCUCCAGUGGAAUGAGGUCUGUCCUGCGCAGCGUGUUUGAUGAAGUCACUGAGGUGGAUGCACUUGACAGUGCUGACUCGGUCCGUUUGGCUCUGUUGCAGAGGCCAGAACUGGGUGUAACCUUCACUAAACUUCACUGCUGGACUCUUACUCAUUAUAGCAAAUGUGUCUUCAUGGAUGCAGAUACCUUGGUGCUUUGCAAUGUUGAUGAAUUGUUUGAUCGAGAAGAGUUUUCAGCAGCUCCUGAUUCUGGCUGGCCUGACUGCUUUAAUAGUGGUGUAUUUGUCUUCCGACCUUCUUUAAAAACUUACAACUUGCUGCUCCAGUUUGCUGCUGAACAUGGCAGCUUUGAUGGGGGUGAUCAAGGCUUGUUGAAUAGCUUCUUCAGCAACUGGGCAACAGCAGAUAUUGGCAAACACUUACCAUUCAUCUAUAACUUAAGCAGUAGUGCAGUAUACACCUACGUUCCUGCUUUCCAUCAUUUUGGUAGAGAUACCAAAGUUGUUCACUUCUUGGGAGCAACAAAGCCCUGGAACUACAAAUACAACCUUCAAACAAAGAGAGUUAUGCAAGAUGGCACCACUUCUGGAUCCUUCCAUCAGCUGUCAUUUCUUGCCCUCUGGUGGAACAUAUACAGUGCCAGUAUAUUGCCGUUGUUAGAAAAAUUUCAAAAGAUGGAAGAAUCAGAAUCUGAGGAAUGGAAGCAUACUUUCAGUGGAGUUGAAAUUACACUGAAAAAAGUUGAUCCUUCUGUGGCCAAUUCUCUGCAAAUGCCUGUAUUUCCAGAGCAGGCAUAUGAAGCAGAUCCCACGGCAUGUUCCUCUGAGGAACUCGGUUUCAAAGCUCAACCUGUAUAUGAAACUCAACAGCAUGGUUCCAGCAUUCAUCUCUCUGAACCUGACAGACCUUCCAAGCAACUUGCUUCUCAUCCUGCAUUUCAGGAAACCUCCGAGCUGAAUGAGAUUGCAUCUUCUGUUUCAGAGCUCUCUAUUCACCUCAAACGUGAAGAACCAAAUCCAGAAGAUGAACGGAGAAAAUGGGAGGAAGGGCGUAUGGACUAUAUGGGAAAAGAUGCUUUUGAACAUAUCAAAAAGAAGUUGGACACAUUUUUACUCUAAGAUGAACUGUAAUGACUAUUAUGAUGUUUCUUCUGUAAAUAGAACCUUGAAUAUUUGGAUAUCUUCAUAGUUCAUUUGACACCAAAGCUGAUGGAAGACUAACAGAGAUAGACUCUUGUUUUGUUGUUUCUUUUUUUUUUUUUAAUGGUUAUGUGUGCCUCAACUUUAUUGUUCUCUCAUAGUGCCUUCUGACAUACAAUGAAUGAUAUUUUCUGAGUAUGAAACUCUCAUAUUUAUCACUUUUCCCCACUGUUCUGCAUAAGUACUGCACGGGAACAGUUGUAAGUGAAGUGUAUUGAGAGUUGAGUUUAUUUUACAUACUCUUACCUCUUAACGAGAGACUGCAAAAACUUCUUAAAUUAAAACUUCUUGAAACAAAGUUAAUGAUUCCAAGGGCAACCAUGGUGUAGACAUCAAUGUGAGAGAAAAGUAAGAUGAAAUUCUGGCCUCAUAUAAGUCUGUGACAAAACCUUUUCAUUUAAGUAUAAUUAGGUAAAGAGUAAAUCAGGACUUUGAGGUCGCUACUGGAUACUCUUACUGUUUUAUAUGGAAACUGCUCAAGCAGCAAUGUGAUGAAAAGAUGUCUUAAGGUAGUCUUAAGACAGACUGAAAAUGUGUACUAAUCUUUUAUAUUGUUGCUAAAGGAUGCCCUUCGUGUGUGUUUGUUUUUUUUUUAAAAUAUAUGUUAGUUUUUACUUCCGUAUUCAGUGUUGCAUAGAGAAAGAAAUGCUGACUGACACUGUGGUGUAAACUUUUCUGGUGCUUUAUACUGUUUACAGUACUCUGACUGCAGUUGACAAAGGCAUUCUUCUCAUUCAAUAUGGUUGCUCCAGUUUGAGUGCAACUGACAUAGUUAGUCCUUGUUUUAGUAAACAGGCUCUGAAGAUCUUUUAAACAAUAGCUGUGUGUGGAAACUAAAAAAUCAGAGUGUAGUUUCAGAUAAAUCUAUUGAUGAGACUCCCUUAUAUUUAAGUGUACUUAGCAGGAUUGCUUUAUGAAUUUUGAGUCUUCAAAUACGAGUGGUCUUGGCAGGUUUUUUUUAACGAACAACAAGAAAGAAACACUUUGAAAGAAAGAAGCUUGAUAGACAUGCUAAUGUGGUAACAGAUUUGAUACAGUUAUGCAUAAUGCUGCUAAGUCUUCAAAUGAGAAUUCUGCAGUGCUGAUCUAGGAUCUGAAGUGUAUUCCAGCCUUGAUUUGUCACCAAUCUUGGUAUGGAUAAUCAAAUGAAAUAACUUGGGAAUUCUGUUCAACAGCCAGUCGUGUAAUGUUAAGCAUCACAGAAUCACAGAAUGGCCUGGGUUGAAAAGGACCACAAUGAUCACCUAGUUUCAGCCCCCCUGCUAUGUGCAGGGUCGCCAACCACCAGACCAGGCUGCCCAGAGCCACAUCCAGCCUGGCCUUCAAUGUCUCCAGGGGUGGGACAUCCACAGCAUCCUUGACCUGUUCCAGUGUGUCACCACCCUCUGAGUGAAAAAAUUAAUCCGAAUAUCUAUUGCUGUAAAUGUUAAUGAAGAAAAAGAUGGGGUAGGAGAGAGAAUUUUUUUCUUUCUCCAUCGAAAAAAAGUUGAAAAGAAGAGAAAUAACUUGCACAAAUUAGGAAAGGAGCAAAAGAGUCAGAAGGUCACUCGAAGGCAGAAUAGUGAUCUGAGUUUUUUAGAGUUAUAUACCACUGUUAAAAAUAGUGUCAUCACUUUUACUUCUGGGGCUAUUUCUCAUUUGUCAAAUUCUUUAUUUCUCAUUUAUUCUGAGUACUCCUAAGGUGGGAACUGUGGGUCUCUCUCUUUGGUUGGUCUCUUGAAGUUGGUCUUCUAGUUGAAGUUAGGUGUUUAAAGUCACUGAAGUUGAAGAGAAAGAUGUCCAGAAGAUGAUUCAUAUAAAUUUCUCCAUUAAUCAUAAGAGGACCUAUGAUAAAUUGCUUUCUGUUGGCAGGCAACCUUUAUGUGAAAGUAUAAAGGCAGGCACUUUCUGCAUUUUGUUUUGAGUGUCCCAGUGCAGCACUACAUGGAGAUUAUACUAGCUGCAGUGUAGUGGCAUUUGAUCUGUUAAUUAUUUCUUAUUGCAGUAACUUGUGCACUUCUGAGGAAGUCUUCCAUUUUCUAAGAAUUAUUGCUAGUACAAUUCAAACAGUUCCUGAAAACUGUAUACAACAGUAGGUGACCAUGUGAACUCAUGUUUCAUGCAGCUGUAAUUCUGCAAUAACUACUAGAUCUUACUGCAUACAUUAAUAUAGAUUAUGGGAAAAAAUUACUAACGUAAAAUCUAUAAUUGAAAAGUUUUAAAGUAGACAUAUGACUGUAGUAAAAGGAGCUGUUAUGGAACGCAGUGGAAAGUGUUAAGAUGUAGAAUGGUACCGUGUGUGGAUUAUGCAAUGUUUUGCAAAGAAAUGUAGCAGAAUAAUGUCAUGGAAAUAAAGUAGAAGUGGAAAUGGAAAGGUCGUAUGAAGUUGUGCUCAUCGAAUGAUGCAUGGUUACAGAUUAUAUUGUGCCAGGGCGUGCUAUUUGUGACUGAUUGGUUACCUUAAUGGUUUGGAUUUUUUUUUCAUUUUAUUGAAUUGCUUGUCAGACAUUUGUACCACCAUCUGAGGAGAAAUAGGAGAUGCAGAUUACAAUUCUACAGACAUAUGUAACAGAAGCAUUACAAUCUUUCUUGAGUAAGUACCAAAGUAGUUGAGUUGCAGUUUCCCAGAAAAAUAUAACUGUGCUUAAAAAUUUUGCCCAAGCUUUUGUGCAUUUCUUCAUUCAAGAAAUCAUUUACAAAUAAUGUUGUAUCUUAGUGGAUUCUUGCACUGUAAUGCCUCCAGAGAGUGAGAAAGGACAAACUUUUAAGUUUAUCCAGAAUUUGCAUGUGCUGUACUUUGAGCAGCUUCCUUUGAUCUUUGUGGACAUCAUUUUACAACUGUGGGGCCACAAGCAGGUUUGGAGAGUGUUACAGGCAGCACAUUACAAACUCUGUGGAUCAUGGCAGUCAAAACAUGACUUGGAAAUCACGUUCAAAGUAAACCUCACCCAAAAUUUCUUACACAUUAAAUUGUGGGUAGCCUCAGGUAUUUCUAGGUAAAGUAAUUUAAGAAAAACAAACUUUCUGGCACUGCCACUGGUUCCUAAAGAAGAAUUUUUCCAGGCCCUGAUGACCCAAGAAGUAGCAGUAAGGGCUUUGAAAGGCCAAACUCUGAUGUGGUAUAGCGUGGAAGACUUAAAGUAAACAGGUUGAGUUAAAAUCGAAAUAUGCUUAUUCUCUCUUCUUCUG